AUGGCUGAUCGCUUUCCUUCCUUGGAGGACUUCUCUGAGGGCCAGACAGAGGUCAUCGAGAGCAACGGUGCGACUGAGGAUGACUUCCUGGCUCGGGAGCGCGCUGCUCUAGGCGAAGAUGCGGAUCAGUUUGCGACCCCUCAGGACCAUGUUGCGACCACGAAUGCGGGUGACGAUGAUCUUCUGGGUGGUGGUGACGGCACACCAGCGGAAGAGAUUGGACAAUUCGAAUCUGCUUUCCCUUCAGUUGAUACCCAGACACAGAAUGAGCGCGUUGCCCCUGGUGGCACAAUUACUGGCUCUGGUUCUCCCUUCCCCGCGACCGGCUACGGAUCUAUCGAGACCGAGGAUGAGCCUGAGCCUGUUCGUCAAUGGCGCGAGAAGCGAGAUGCCGAAAUCGCGCGCCGCGCUCAGAUCUCUGAAGAGAAGAAGGAGGCCACCGAGAAGAAAGCUCAGCAGGACGUCGACGACUUUUACGUUUCAUACAACAACAAGAUGGACAAGCUCAAGGCUCAAACUCGUGCCGAGGCUGAGGAAUUCCUAGCCAGCCGCGAAGACACCUCUGCUGGUGGCACUUCCUGGGAGCGUAUCGCCAAGCUGGUUGAUGUCUCUGGCAAGGGAUCUGCUGGCGGUGCAAGUGGCUCAGGCAAGGAACGUUUCCGUGAGCUGCUUGUCGAUCUGCGCAAAGACCAGGAAGCCCCCGGGGCCAGUGGCAUCUAA